UUCUCAUGCUUGUUCCCUCGGUUCAUUUAUCGCGAAGCGGUGUUUGACAGUGAGCCUGUCUCUGGACGGUCUGUUUCAGCGUGGAUGCUCUCUGGUCUCAUCCUUUCCUCUCUUCAGUAUUCUGUUGCUGUGGUGGGACGUCUAGCCACAUUGAUCUUCUGGGGUCAGACUUCACCUCCAGCUCAGGAUGGAAGCAGUGGCUCUUUACAACUUUUGUGCCACGGAAAGUGACGAGCUUAGCUUUCAGAAGGGAGACGUACUUAAGAUCACUAAUAUGGAAGAUGAUCCUAACUGGUACACUGCAGAGUUGGUGAACAGGAAGGGCUAUGUACCUAAAAACUAUAUCAGCGUAAAGCCACACAUAUGGUUUGUGGGCCGUAUCUCCAGACAUGUGGCCGAGAAUCGACUGCACCAGCAAGAGUGUGGAAGCUUCUUAGUAAGAGAGAGUGAGAGUGCACCUGGAGAAUUCUCCAUGUCGGUGAGCUAUGGGGAUCAUGUCCAGCAUUUCAAGGUGCUAAAGGACAGAGAUGGCUAUUACUUUGUUUGGGAGGAGAUCUUUCCUUCCUUAAACCAGCUUGUGGACUUCUACAAGACCAACAGCAUAGCAAAGGAAAGGACUGUUUUUCUGAGGGACACAGAACAUACACUAAAGAGACCCCAUCAAGCACAAGCCCUGUUUGACUUCAAUCCAGAGCACAACUCCCAGCUGCACUUCCUGCGGGGUGAUGUCAUAGACCUGCUGGACUGCUCCGAUUCUCAGCGCUGGAAAGGUCGUUGUCGUGGCCUUGUGGGCUUUUUCCCCCCUGAGUACGUCCAGCCCACCUAUCACUGACUCUGAAGGACAAUAACAACACUGUUUGUAAAUAUCAGUAGUCGAUUGUUAGCAUCAUUUAUUGGUUUAAUACGACGUGAAUGAUCAAGCUAAGUUUGAAAAUGACUUUGGAACAAGCAAUCAGGCAGAAAUGAACUUAUCUAGCCACAGUUACUAAAACAUAAUCAUGCUCUUCACACUAAAAUGACACCUGUCAGCUUUUUAUGCCAAACGCCCUAAAUUAUCACGCACC